AUGUUUGGUUGGGACGAAAGCCGUGACGCUCAUCAGCAAGUCUACAACGGGGACGAAAGACAUGAGGGCAAAUUCUCUCAUGAACUCAUUGGUGGCGCAGCCGCCUUUGAGGGCAUGAAGCUCUACGAGGACCGCCAACGCAGAGAAGGCAAGACGGUCAACCACGGCUUUGCCAAAGAACUCCUUGCCGGCUUCGUUGGAGCCGAAGUCGACAAACUCGCUGAGACGAAGGGCUUGGACGAAUAUGACAAGAUCAGAGCAAGAGAACAUGCUAAGAAGAGUGCCGAGCACAUGUAUGACAAGCACUAUGGGGACAUGGAUCAAUAUGACCCCAAUCAACGUGACCAGCCAAACUUCAACUACUGA